AUGUACGUCGGCAAUAAUAUUUAUUACAGGAAGUGGAGGCGUAUACUGAGCUAUUGGGAAAGGGUGAACAUACCGGGCCCGACACCGGUGCCACUCUAUGGCAACGUAUUAGCGCUGAGUCUAAAUCCGAGACCAUAUUUGGAGCUCAAGUGGUAUAAAAAAUAUGGCCGAAUAUACGGUGUAUACAUAUACGGAAAGCCCAGUUUGCGUGUGGCGGAGCCGGCGCUAAUCAAACAAAUCCUGGUCAAAAAUUUUACCUCGUUUAAAAACCGCGAGGCACCUAGCUGGAACGCUACCCUCAUGUCCAAAAUGCUUAUACGGGCUCCGUAUGAAGACUGGCGCCGCAUACGGGUCAUAGCGGGGCCCGCAUUCACCGGCGGGAAACUCAAACAUUUGUAUCCACUCGUUGACCAGUGCUGUCGGGAUUUGGUCAACAGACUGGACAGUCGGGUCGCCGCCAAUGGGUCGCCGGUAGCGCUGCGGCCGUUGAUUAGCGAGUAUAUAAUGAGUGCGUUGGGUCAAUGCGCGUUUAGCACCAAGGUCAACACCGAUCCCACCCACCUGUUUACUACCGAACCGGAGGGUUACGUUUCUGUGCCCCUAUGGAAUGUAUUUGUAACCAAUGUUUUGCCCGCAUGUUUAGUUGAUAACCCUGUGGCCAAUAGUCUGGCCAAAUGGUGGCACUCGGACUACUUGUAUCACAGGGUCUUCACCACCCGUCUGAUGGCUGACCGCCGGUGCGACGACGCGGACAAACGUCACGAUUUCCUACAGUUCCUAAUGAAAGGCAGUCACCGGAGCGCGAGUGCGGCCCAUCCGGACGUCACCGGCAUUACCGACGAAGAGAUCUUUGCCCAGUGUUUCUUGUUUUUCAUCGCCGGUUACGACCCGACGGCCAACACUGUGUCGCACGCGUUGCACGAGUUGGCACUCAAUCCCGAUAUUCAGGACCGGCUCCGGGAGGAGACCGCUAUAAAUGGUUACCGAGACAGGAAUUAUGAGCGACUUUCGCAACUCCCACUUCUCGACGCCGUCGUAUCGGAAACCCUACGAAAGUAUCCGCCAUUAGUUCGUGUGGAGAGGGAGGCUGUGGAGGACGUGGUGCUCACCGACGAUACCCAGGGGUUGAGUGUGAAGGUGGAGAAGGGAGUGGUAAUAGAGGUCCCGGUGUAUGCCAUACAUCACGAUCUCGAUCACUAUCCCGACCCGUUUGCCUUCAAACCCGACCGAUUUUUACCCCAAAAUCGUCAUCACAUCAAACCCUAUACAUACCUACCCUUUGGCGACGGACCCCGUAAUUGCAUUGGUAUGCGUUUUGGUCUACUGAUGACCAAAUUAGCCCUGGAUUACACAGCGAUGCUAUACGUUAACCACAAUUCGGGAAAUUCCUCUGAAAAGAGGACAUCUGGUCAGCCUACUUGCAACUGUCCAUUUUCGAUGGAGAAGUUGCACUGUAUACAAGUGCAAUGGUCCUCCAAAACCAAAGCCACGCCCCUCUCGCCGGCCAACAUCGCCGCCGCGUUUAUAUUGGCGUUAAUAGCCGUCGGAUAUAUCGAUGAGUCGAUGACCCGUAGAUUGCGGACACCCCUCACCCGUAGCCUCUCGUCCAGCACCACAUCCCUCCUCCCGGCGCCGCCCAUACGACAACUGCCGGUCGUGUGA